AUGUUUCAAAGCAGGCACGGAUUCCACUCCAUCCAGGAGAGGACUGGGCUUCUGCUGAAGAGCCAGCCUCUGUCCAGAGAGUGUGCUACAAUGAGCCACUGGCAGCGAUUGAAGCUGAGUGUAUCUGCGCGCAGGGAGGAGGCGCAGCAGCCCAGCCGCAAUGUUCUGCACUGGGUGCGCCAGCGCGAGCUGGCUCCCAAGCGGCCCGUGGGCGGCCGUGCACAUGGAACGCUCGCGACUGGGCCGGCCCGGGACGCGCCCGUACUGCCAGUAGACGCGGACCCUGGGCAGCGGCUGGGCAGCUUCGCGGAAGGUGACUUUUUGCGUCGCUGCGCCGCCACCUACUGCGAGCUCAACCCGCCGCCUCGCUCCACUAUAGCAGCCGCCUUCAGCCCUGAUGGAGAAUUGCUCGCCUCAACACACGGCGAUCACACGGUGAAGCUGAUCUCCUGCCGCACGGGGAAGUGCCUCAAGGUGUUGAAUGGCCACCGACGCACCCCCUGGGUGGUCAGAUUCCACCCCACCUCGCCCCGCCUCCUCGCUUCAGGCUCCCUAGACUACGAGGUACGCGUGUGGGACGCCGAUUCUGGGCGGUGCAAGAUAUUCCACAACUUCGGCCGCCCCAUUGCCAGCCUGGCAUUCCAUGCUGGCGGCGACUUCCUCGCAGUUGCCUCUGGGCACAAGCUGUACAUUUGGGAGUACAACAAGGCUGACUCAGUGCCUGUCGUGGUCCUGAAAACGCGGCGUUCCCUCCGUGCGGUCCAUUUUCAGCCGCACGGCGUCCCCUACCUGCUCACAGCAGAGGUGAACGACCCGAGCGCGAAUACGUUGCUGCCGCAGCCGUUUGACCGCAGCGCGGAGGGCCCUCCGGCCGUGCCGCGGCCAGCCGCCCCGGCCGAGCGCCCCAGCGAGACCAUCUCGCAGCUUCUCGGCGACGCCGCGGCCGCCGCCGCUGCCGGCCCGGCCCCGCCAUCGAACCUCACUCCCUCACUCGCGCAGGCGCAGCCCUACUCAGCCGCGCAGCAGGCGCGUGCUGCUCAGGCAGAUCCCCAAGAGGACGAGGAAAUGCCCCCGCCCCCGCCGCCAGGAUCAUCGCCGCCAGAAAGGUCCACCUAUUCACAGUUCCUCCACCCCCCGGGUCCCCCGGCCAUGCCACCGCCGUCCCCCCCAAAUCUGAAUUCGCUGAGGGUGGGGGGACCCGGGCAGCCCGGGCAGCCAGCUGCCGGGCAGCAGCAGACCUUCGGAUUCUGGCCCAUGGCCCUGCGGGGAGUGUUUGAGCGAGCUGCUCUGGAGCAGGCCUCCCCCGCGCCGGGAGUGAGCACGCUGGAUCUGCGCAGCCGGCCGCGGCAGCCGACGGAGCAGUCGCUCACGCGCGGCGGCCGCUCCCGCAGCGGCUCCGCGGCCGGCUACCGCCGAUCGCGCGACGGCCGGCCGCCCGCGCAGCAGCAGCAGCCGCCGCCCCAGCAAACCCCCUCGCCGCCGCGCGGCCAGGCCGGGCGCCCCAACACGCCGGAUGUGCCGCAGCGCAUUGGGGGGCAGGAGCUUGGCGGGGAGCAGCAGCGCGCAUGGUCGCUGCCGGCCGCGUUGGCGUUGGAGCGCGAGGCGCUGCGCCGGCGGCACGCCUGGCGGCGGCAGCCGCCGGCCGACGCCGCGGAGCCGGCCGAGCCGUUCCCGGUCGCCGCGCCGGUGGCGCGGCCAGCCGCGCCCGGGCCGCCCCCGGGCUGGCGCUGGUGGGAAGGUCCGCAGCAGCAGCAGGGGCAGCCGCUUGCGGGACCCCCGGGCCAGCCAAUGCCAAUGCCAAUGAUGCUGGGUCCAGGCCUUCAGAGGCCCCACUUCCAACCGCAGCACCCUCAGAUGGGCACCUGGCAACUUCCCAGGGCCGUGGCCGGCCCACGCGUGCCCCCCAAUCCUGCUGGCUUCCAAACCAACCCAGGACCUCAGCACCUGCUGGAUUCCCACGUCCCCCACCCGGACUCCCGCCACUGGCCACCGCCGCGAGGCUGGGUGGACCCGCAGUUCAUGAUGCGCGUCUACCAGCGCCACCGCGGCGCCACCGGAGGCCCCUUGGUUCCCCCCGCCUUUGGCCCGGGCGUGGGGCGCAGCUUCAGCGAGCCAAUCAACUCCCUUGUGGAUGUUAUAGAGCAGGGGUGGAUGGGGCCGGCCCCGGGGCAGCCGCAGCCGCCGCCCAAUGCUGCCGCAGUCGCAACGCUGCCGCCGAGCAUGGUGAACAUGGGCUGGGAGUUUCCAGCGCAGCUGCUGCACCAGUCAGCAACGCAUCUUGCGCAGGCGCCCCCCGGGCAACCCUCCGAGGCCCCUGGGCCGUCCAACCGCGGUGGUGCACCAACCCAAGCAGACGCGGCAGCCGUUCGCGCGUCGGCGGCGGCCGCGAACGUCAUCGGGCAGGAGCAGCCGUGCCGCGUGAAGCUGCGCUUGUGGCGCUACAGCCCCUACGACUGCCACCCGGCCCGCGAGAUCGCGCCGCCGGCCGCGGCCGGGGCCGCGCCCGAUCUCUUGUUGACGGCCUUCAAGGCCCAGCACGAGCUCUGCGCUGCUGCGGAGCGCGCGCGUGUCGAGCACCCGGAGCGGCCGGUGCUACUGGUCCCGCCGAUGACUCCGGAGGCGCAGAUGGCCAAGGCUAUGGAGCAAGAUCGCGCCAUCGCUGCAGGGGCGCAGCAGGGUGGUGCCGGCCAGGGCGGCGCAGCCGUGCUGCGGCCGCCGGGCUUGCCGCUGGGGGCGCCGCCGGCCAGCUCAUUUCCGGCGCCCCGGCCGCUGGACAAAACGGAGCUGACCAUCACGGACGCGGUUCUGUGCAGCGAAAUGGGUGUUCACUUCUCGCCCUGCGGCCGCUACCUCGCCGCCUGUAUCGCCUGCAAGGGACCCCCGGAGAACCCCGUUGUGUACGAGGUUCGAGUGUACAGCCUUCUGAGCGACAGCCUGGGCGCGGUUCUGGCGGCCAAGGCGAUCCGCGCCGCACACUGCCUCACCUCCAUCCAGUUCUCGCCCUCCUCAGAGCACAUCCUGCUGGCCUACGGACGGCGGCACAUAUCGCUGCUGCGGAGCCUGGUGGCGGACGCGGGCGCGAGCGUGGUCCCGGUGCACACUAUCAUGGAAGUUUACCGGGUGGCCGCUGGCAUGCCGCUCGUUCGCGUGCUGCCUUCAGCCGCCGACGAAGUCAAUGCGGCCGCCUUCCACCCGUUCAAGGGCGGCGGCAUCGCGUAUGGGACGAAGGAGGGCCGGCUGCGCAUUCUCCGCCACGCGGCGAGCGCGCUCCGGCCGCCUUACGCCGGUGCAGCCACGCGCGGCGACUGGCGCUCCCUAGUCGACGAGCUUGUUGAGGCUGACCAGGUCGCAGCCGCCGCCACUGCCGAAUCGCCGUCCUCCGACGACGACUCAUGA